CCGUUCCGGCAGUUCCGGUGGUUCCGGCUGGUUCCGGUUGUUGCAGCAUGCUCGGUGUGAGUUGACGGCGUGCUUGUGGUGCCACGUUUCUGCCUUGUCAGUCGGCGAAAUGGAACUUGCAAACGCCGAAUCUAUCAACACAAACCUAGAAGCCAUGCUCCGCGACAACUCCGACCUGUCGCCUGCUGUGGCUUCGUUGCAACUGCUGCUUGAGUUCAUCGAAAAGGACGACUACACGACCAUCCAGGGCAUGGAAGAAAAUCUUCAGUAUGUUAUUAGCGAUAUCACCGAAAAGUGUUCAAGCGCGUGCGUAAGGUCUGCGUGCGAGUUAUUUGUGCGUUUCGCUACGCUCACCGCGCUUGAUGGCACCAUCGACGAGUGCAAGAAAAAUAUGUCCACUCGGGGCCGAACAUUCUUGGAGAAAAUGCGCGCGGCACGCUGCAAGAUCGCUGCGCUUGCGGCCCCGUUUGUCCAGGACCGCUCGACGAUCCUGACGCAUUCCUUCUCGCGUGUUGUGCGUGACACGCUGUUCGCUGCGGCAGAGGACCACAAGCACUUUACUGUGUAUGUGACCGAGUCGGCGCCCGAUUACAGUGGCCGGCAGCUGUACGAGGCGCUUGCGGAGAGAGGUAUCAGUGUGACAUUGAUAGUUGACGCCGCAGUUGGCUAUGUUUUGGAAAAAGUGGACAUGGUCUUACUGGGAGCAGAGGGCGUGGUUGAAAGUGGCGGUAUCGUCAACAAAAUUGGCACCUACACGAUGGCCAUGUGUGCCAAGGAAAAGAACAUUCCCAUUUACGUGCUCGCAGAGAGCUUCAAGUUUGCCAGGAAGUACCCUUUGAACCAGAGGGAUCUGCCUGAUGAGCAGAAGUACCCGACGGACAAGUGUAACGGCAAAGCACAUCAUUCCAAGGAGCACCCAAUGGUCGACUACACGCCACCUGCGUACAUUACGCUGCUCUUCACGGACCUUGGUAUUUUAACGCCGUCCGCGGUUAGCGAUGAGCUUAUUAAAUUGUAUUUGUGAAAAUCGUACAAA